CUUUUUUCCUCAUGUCUGACAUCUUUAUACACACAAUCUCUUUGGCUCUUUCGGUCUGUUGGUUACACGGAACAAGCACCCUGAAUGCAUCAACACGGGCUCCAGCAUUUUAAACCCAACAAGUUACUGACGGGAUGAGUGGGCCAAGAUCAGCUGAGGCGGGUUGGUGCAAUACAUGAUUACUGUACAUUUUUUCUGAGUGCCACACAGAUGCUCUGAUCAGUUUUACUUUCUCUCUCUCUUGGUUUGCUGUUGUGGUCAAGAGCAUGUUGUUUCCGGUGGAAAAAAACGCAACAGAAUCUGCUCUGUUGGGGUUGAGGUGGAGCUGGAGGAGAGGAGGGUGGUUUCCCAAACUUCUGUUUCACACACACGAACACACCCCAUGGAGGAGGAGGAGGGGGGGAGAAGAGGGCGUGAGAGGAUUUCAUUUCCUCCAUCGCUGCUUUUAUUUUCGAGCGCGCAACUCACCCUGUGGAAGCUCAGAGAGCAGAGCAGAGCAGAGCAGGAGAGAACACAACCAGAUCUGCUCCGUUGCACUUGAGAGAGAAGUUUGAUUUAACUCACAGUGAGGUCAUGGCUCUGCCGAGCCUCUGUCUGACAGCCUUCACCGUGCUCCGGCACAUUGAGCCCAUCCUGGUGCUGGAGCAGCUGGGCAGCACCUUCUUCGACACCGGCCUGCAGAUGGUGGUCAAGGACCGGUGCGCCAAUGCCACCUACCCCGACACCCAUCUCUCCAGGGGGGACAGCCAGCAGAAAGCCAUGUCCGACUUCUACAUGAUCUACAACCUCAUCAUCCGCUUCACCCCGAUCCUGCCUUCGAUGCUCCUGGCCUGGCUGAGCGACCGCGGCUGGAGGAGGACCCCGAUCGUGGUGUCCCUGAGCGGGUACCUGGUGUCCAGGCUCGUCCUGCUCCUGGUGGUCCUCUUCGGCCUCCCGCUGGAGGUGAUGUACGGAGCGGCGGUUCUGUUCGGGCUGUCCGGCGGCUACUGCGCCUUCUGGUCCGGCGUGAUGACGCUGGCGUCGCUCGGCUCCACGGCGACGGAGCGCUCCAAGGUGUUGAUGAAGGUGGAGCUGCUGUAUGGGAUGACAGGUCUGGUGGGCAGCCUGGUGUCGGGUCAUCUGUUCCUGCUGUACAGCUCCAGUUUGGGAAACGGGACCAUCCUGCUGUCUGUGAGCACCCUGCUCAACCUGCUUGCCUUCAUACACUCCAUAGUCCUGCUGCAGGUGAAACAAGUAUCUGACCCAGAGCCAGAGCAGGACGCCAACGUCCUUUCUCACGCCUCCAUUGAUGUCACUGUGGAGGCUCCUGCCCGCAUAGACAUGGUGAACGUGGUCCUGCUGUUUGCUGCUGCCGUUCUGUACAGCUCUGCGGUGGGCGGGGCCUUAGAAAUACUGGCCGUCUUUGUGAUGAAAGAGCCACUCAGCUGGACCGCCACUCAGGUGGGUUAUGGGAACGCAGCAGGCUGCAUGAUUUUCCUCACCAGUUUCCUCGGUGUCAUUGCGUUCCGUCGAUGCGUCAGCGACGUGUUGCUCAUCCUGAUCGGCAUGGUGUCGUUCGCCUCUGGAAUUUACUUCUUGUCCUUCGUCACGGCAACUUACCAGUUCUACCUCGCUCGCUCACUCAACCUGUUUGCCCUCAUCCCGUUGCCCACGAUCAGAUCCCUGCUCUCCCAGCAGGUUCCAGCGUCCUCAUGUGGCACCACUCUCACAGCCCUGCAGUUGUCUCUGAAAGUAGGCGGUCUGGCCUACACCCCCGCCUUCACCAAGAUCUAUCAGAGGACCCUGGACUGGUUCCCAGGCUUCGUCUUCAUGCUGUCCAGCAUCUUAACGGUCCUGGCUAUGAUCCCCGUCAGUAUCAUCAGCUGGAGAUCUCCUCGGAGGCGGAACUACGAGAGGAUUCAGGGAGACUGAUGGCGCCCACGUCGUCACCAGCGGUGGCUUUACAUUGAUACGAAGUAGACGGGAACUGAGACUUGAAAUGGGCCAAAGGAGAGCGCUGCCUUUAAUCUCACUUCCUGUAAUGUCUGAACCACAGAAACCUCAGCAGAGCUGGUUUGCCUGAGGUUUUGGUUGUUACAUGUUGGAGGUUUUGUGUUUACAUCAGCAUUUUAUAUAAAACAAACGUUACUUUUUGUAAAAAUGUGUAUUUUAAUUAUGCCUACGCAGAGUUACAGUAUACAUGCACAGGCGUUCUUGCAUGAAAUUUUGACAGCCCAGUUUGACAAAAGGUUGCAAAUUUUUGCCACCAGCCAGUGAAAUUUCUCAAAAGCUCUCAGUACACAUUUCAAAAGGUUUCUCGAAAAAAUGGGGUACAAUGUCUUUUUAGUAUUUUAAUAGACUAUAUAGACUGUUUACACUUGCAGUAUGUUGUCUUUAGACUGUGUUGCUGAAUAAUGAAUUAAUUAACCGGCUAGUAGUGAGCAGUGUUAACAUACCAACUGCUGCCUAACAAAGUAGACUUGGGUAUCAUAGCAACAUUCACUGCAACAUUACGAUAGAGGCACUUUGUAGAAUCUAUGCUGACUUGAGAACUUGCAGGUCAGGGACGGCUGACAGGGGAAAGGAAAAGUCAUUUUAAGAAGACAUUUUGGUGACGUCGACUGUUCUCUUUCACAUAUUUGACCUCUUUUAGGUCCUCACAUUUAAUCUCUUAUGCAGUUUAUCGUGCUCUUUCUGUUCACUUGUCUCUCUGACAAACAAGCAUUUACCUUUUUUGAAAUUGUUCGUUUGGUCAGUUCAUUUUGCAGUUGGUUGUAAAGCACUUGAACUGAUACCAAAUUGAUAUUUUAAUGUUUAGCUUGUUGUUGUGUACUUUGGUUGACAGCCAGAUUACCUGACAGUUUUGGAAAUCAAAUCAGCAUUGUUUUUUGUUUUUUAUUCAUUGCAUAUAUGUAUUAAUACACUUGUUUAUUGACACAUUAACAAGCACUGAUGCAAUUGCAGGUCUGUCAGUUAUUUACAGGUAAUGAAGGAAUAGUUAAUGUUGUUGUAAGGGUUUGAACACAAGGGAAAAUAUUUGCUGUAAGAUAUACACAAGUCUAGUUUUAUAUAUAUCUAUUUAUAUAUGAACAUUAUUGAGGUAUGUUUUGAAGUUUUAAAAUUCAAUUCCACUGAUAUGAAACUUAAUGGAUGCAAUGUUUUAUAAGAUUCACCUUGAUUUUGUAAAUAAAGUCAUUUAAAUCAUUUAAAAUGUAUUU